UCCCCAUUCCCUCUUCAAACCCCAUUCUUCUUUCUUCUUCUCCUUCCUCUCUCUUCCCCCCUUUCUACUUCUGAGCCCUCAGUCGUCUCUGUCGUUCCCUUAGUCCUCUCCGGCACGGCUACAGCGCUGAACUCCGGUCUCGGAAAACGCUGCCGUCGGUGUCCGAGGAGAAAAGAAAGGUAAGCCGGUCGCUUUAAUUUCCCUCUUAUUCUUCAGUGACAUCUUCUUCACCGCGUCGCCAGGGAGCUAAGCCGCCGGAGGCACAAGGAGUCCGGCAGACUUUCUCUGUCCGUUAAUUUAGACGGUUGGCCUUCAGCGCCGAUGAGAUCGAUUCUGUGAGGCGGUGUGGAGAGGGCAGGAUUUGUGACACUGUUCUGAGUGGAGAUAAAAAAAUCAAAUUAUUUACGAAAAAAGGAAAAAAUUCAGAGAAGUAUUGCUUCAGCUAAUUGAAUCGACAUAAGCUACCGAAGCGACAACGAAGAAUCAAUCUCAAGCAUGAAAACACACGUACCGUGGGGCACAGCCAAGAAUCCCGUCAAAUUCCGCAUACCGACGGCAGACAAUCUAGUUCCAAUGCGUGUGGACGUUGAGAUUGAUGGGCAGAGACAUAGAGAUGCUUUUGUCUGGAAUCCAUCCGAUCCUGACUCUGAAGUGGUGUUAUUUGCAAAAAGAACAGUCAAAGAUUUGAAGCUGCCUCCUGCCUUUGUAACGCAAAUUGCACAAUCGAUACAAGCACAGCUUACUGAAUUUCGAUCAUACGAAGGACAAGAUAUGUAUACUGGCGAGAAGGUUGUUCCUAUUAAGCUUGAUCUCCGGGUUAACCAUACGCUUAUCAAGGACCACUUUUUAUGGGACUUAAACAACUUUGAGAGUGAUCCUGAAGAAUUUGCGAAGACAUUUUGCAAGGACUUGGGAAUUGAAGAUCCUGAAGUUGGACCGGCCAUUGGAAUUGCCAUCAGAGAACAACUUUACGAGAUUGCUGUACAGAAUGUGACUUCAGCCCGCGAAAGUAGAUUAAACAAGAAAGGACGUAGAGCGCUGGAACAUAUCCAUGCCAGCAAAAACAGUGGGAAUGCCGUGGACCUGUUCAAGCUAUUUGGAAACAAAUCUAGUGUCGUAAGGAAGAGGAAGGAGUGGGAUGCAUAUGAGCCCAUCGUGGAUCUGUUAUCUAAUGAGGAGGUGGAUGCCCUUGAAGCUAAGGAAGAAAGGAGUGCUCGGUAACUAUGUACUUGUGCACAAUUUGUAUGUGUAAUACUUUGUUAUCAUCUUUUCCCUAAAGGAGAAGUUGUAUUUGCUUGUUAGUUAGUAGCAUCAUACUCUUUUUUUGUGUGGAUAUUCUCCUAUAAAUUGGGAAUCUUUUAACCUUAUCAUUUAUGUUGACAUCCUCUUGAGGUGGUAUUUUCUA